AUGCAGGAUUCAGAUCCCUGUUGGGUGGAUAGUACCCCAACUACCUCGCUCCCAACCUCAAAUCCACCUGCGGUUUCCAUAUCUGCACCUCCAACUGCUGGUAUUGACGGAGCAAUCAAUCCCUAUUUCUACGCUUGGACAGAUGAGCAGAAAAAUAUGGUUACACAAGCAUGGGAGGAAGCUGACCAACUUGCAAAGGGGCAUUACGAGUGGUGGCCGGGUGGUAAAGGGCAAGAUGCCAUGACCCUUUAUCUAGGAUCAAAAUCCAAGGAUGAUUAUAGUUGGCUCACUGGAAAAGGACACCUGAUGGAGAACAUUGAAAGGGAGUUUCUGGUACAUCAGGGCUGGUGGACACAGCCCCGGACCUUUACUUACGGUUAUUUCUAUUGCGAUGAAAGCAAAACCCCCGGCGCCGACAAAGACGAUUUUGAGCCAGAAUGCGGGAAGAACACAGCUGCAUACACAUGGGACGACCUUGGAACCUUCUAG